AUGGGCGAGAUCCAGCGCUUCCGAUCGCGCCUCUCCGAUCCCGCGCCCCGCCCCUCCAUCCCGCACCCCCCCAUUCGCCCCGCCCCCGCGCCCGCCGUCACGGGCGCCACGGACGGCCGGUCCACGACGGCCGACGGCGCCGGCGACGCCGGAUGCGGGACGCUCACGCUCAUCGGCGGGGCUGCCGCGACGGAGAGCGCCCUGAGCGCGAGCGGCGGCUGCGACGCCUAUGGCUAUGGCCACGGCUGCUUUGCUGGAGAGUACGGGUCACUCGUGGACAGCGGAGGCCCGGGGCCGCUGGCGCCGCUGCCGGCGCCGCCCGGCGGGGCUGCGGCGGGGUCCUUGCGCAGCCGCAGCUUCUCGGCGCCCUGGGGGCUGCCCGUCAUCCAUGACGGGGGUGACCUAGAGGGCGAUCCGGACGCGGCAGCUGCCGCGCAGCUGCCGCCGGCUGGCGGGGCGGCAGGCGAGGGGGUAGGGAAGGGGGCGGCCGCGGCGCUCACGCGGCCGCGAUAG